CGCACAGUAGCAGUCCCACCCUUUCACCCGCCGCCGCCGCUGCUUCCUUGUAUAUAGAGGAAAGGGAAAAAAAAGCAAACGAAGUUAGGGAACCCUAGCCUCCUUCCUCCCUCUCUCACGCACGCUAUCCACCAAUGGCGCAGUCCCUCGAGCUUCUGCUCAUCCAGUUCCUCAUGCCGGACAACGACGCCCGCCGCCAGGCCGAGGAUCAGAUUAAGCGGCUGGCCAAAGACCCGCAGGUGGUGCCGGCGCUCGUCCACCACCUCCGCACCGCCAAAACCCCCAACGUCCGUCAGCUCGCCGCCGUUCUCCUCCGCAAGAAGAUCACCGGCCACUGGGCCAAGCUGUCUCCGGAGCUCCGCCAGCUUGUCAAACAAUCUCUCAUCGAGAGCAUCACCGUGGAACAUAGUCCACCAGUGAGGCGAGCUAGUGCAAAUGUGGUUAGCAUCGUUGCCAAGUAUGCCGUCCCAGCUGGAGAGUGGUCGGAUUUGUUGCCAUUUCUAUUCCAAUGCAGUCAAAGUGCACAAGAAGAACACAGAGAGGUGGCGUUGAUACUUUUCAGCUCCUUGACAGAGACUAUUGGAAAUUCGUUUCGACCAUAUUUUGCCGAUUUGCAGGCUCUGCUACUUAAGUGCCUUCAGGAUGAGACCAGUAACUGUGUUAGAGUUGCUGCUCUCAAGGCGGUUGGCUCUUUUCUGGAGUUCACUCAUGAUGAGGUUGAAGUGAUCAAGUUCAGAGAGUUUAUUCCUAGCAUUUUGAAUGUAUCAAAACAAUGCCUUGAUUCUGGUGAGGAGGAUGUUGCUAUGAUUGCUUUUGAGAUCUUUGAUGAGUUAAUCGAGUCUCCUGCUCCUCUCCUUGGUGAUUCUGUGAAAGCCAUUGUUCAGUUUUCUCUUGAUGUUUGUUCAAGUCCUAAGUUGGAACCUAAUACACGUCAUCAGGCUAUUCAAAUAAUUUCAUGGCUUGCAAGAUAUAAAUCAAGUUCCCUGAAAAAGUACAAGUUGGUUGUACCAAUCCUGCAAAUCAUGUGCCCUUUACUUGCAGAGUCAACCGACAGGGAUGAUGAUGAUGAUCUGUCACCUGAUCGAGAUGCUGCUGAGGUUAUUGAUACUAUGGCCAUAAAUCUGUCAAAGCAAGUGUUUCCUCCCGUUCUUGAAUUUUCUUCUUUGAGUAGUCAGAAUGCAAAUCCAAAGUUCAGGGAGGCUUCAGUUACAGCUCUAGGUGUUAUAUCCGAGGGCUGUUUGGAGUUGAUGAAGGGCAAACUGGAACCUGUUCUUCAUAUUGUCUUGGGAGCUCUUAGAGAUCCUGAGCAAAUGGUGCGCGGGGCUGCGUCUUUUGCACUCACACAGUUUGCUGAGCAUCUGCAGCCUGAGAUAGUAUCUCACCAUGAAAUUGUUCUUCCUUGUAUUUUGAAUGCUCUAGAAGAUGCAUCUGAUGAUGUCAAGGAGAAAUCAUAUUACGCACUAGCAGCAUUUUGUGAGAACAUGGAUGACGCAAUUCUUCCUUUUUUAGAUCCUUUAAUGGGAAAACUGCUUGCUGCUCUCCAAAAUAGUCCCCGUAAUUUGCAGGAGACAUGCAUGUCAGCUAUAGGCUCAGUUGCAUCUGCUGCAGAACAAGCUUUCCUUCCAUAUGCAGAAAGGGUUCUUGAGUUGAUGAAAAUAUUUAUGGUGCUUACAAAUGAUGAGGACCUCCGCUCAAGAGCAAGGGCUACCGAGUUGGCUGGUAUAGUUGCAAUGUCUGUUGGCAGGGCUAGGAUGGAGCCAAUUUUGCCCCCCUUCAUUGAAGCUGCAAUAUCUGGUUUCAGCCUGGACUUCAGUGAACUCCGGGAGUACACUCAUGGAUUCUUCAGCAAUGUUGCUGAACUUUUAGAAGAUGGGUUUUCUCAGUACCUUCCACAUGUUGUUCCUUUGGCCUUUUCCUCUUGCAACCUUGAUGAUGGUUCUGCCGUGGAUGUUGAGGAAUCUGAUGAGGAUGACAAUGUCAACGGAUUUAGUGGUGUCUCUUCCGAUGAUGAAGCACACGAUGAACCUAGAGUUCGUAGUAUUAGUGUAAGAACAGGUGUUUUGGAUGAGAAAGCAGCUGCUACCCAAGCUCUUGGCUUAUUUGCUCUGCAUGCAAAGAGUUCCUAUUCACCGUACAUAGAGGAGACCUUGAAGAUUUUAGUCAGACAUUCUACUUACUUUCACGAGGAUGUUCGCCUUCAGGCAAUAACUUCACUGAAAUAUAUAUUGGAAGCAGUACAAGCAGUUUUCCAGAAUCACAAUGAGGGAAUUAUUAAGAUAAAAGAGGUCUUUGAUACUGUGCUGAAUAUAUAUAUCAAGACAAUGACUGAAGAUGAUGAUAAAGAAGUCGUAGCUCAGGCUUGCAUGAGUGUUGCUGACAUCAUGAAAGAUUUUGGAUUCAUGGCUGUUGAGCCUUAUAUACCUCGCCUUGUUGAGGCAACUUUGGCACUACUCCGGGAGGAGUCUGCCUGUCAGCAGAUAGAGUCAGACAGUGAGGUUGAUGAGGAUGAUGCUGACCACGAUGACGUACUCAUGGAUGCAGUUUCUGACCUCCUUCCAGCUUUUGCCAAGGCAUUGGGUGCUCAAUUUGCACCAAUCUUUUCACAGCUGUUUGAGCCUCUAAUGAAAUUUUCGAAACAAUCACGCCCACCACAGGACAGGACAAUGGUUGUUGCAACCCUUGCUGAAGUUGCUCAGCAUAUGGGUGCUCCAAUUGCUGGCUAUGUUGAUGCUGUAAUGCAUCUUGUGCUCAAAGAAUUGGGAUCACCAGAUGCAACAAAUAGGAGAAAUGCGGCAUUCUGUGUGGGUGAACUGUGCAAAAAUGGUGGCAGCUCAGUCGUAAAAUACAAUGCUGACAUUUUGAGUCGCCUUCAUCCAUUAUUUGGGGAAUCUGAGCUAGACAAUGCAGUGAAGGAUAAUGCUGCUGGGGCAGUAGCAAGGCUGAUAAUGUCUCACCCAGAGAAUAUCCCACUGCACCAGGUUAUACCCAUUUUACUGCAAGUGCUUCCUUUGAAAGAGGACCAUGAAGAAUCUACAGCUGUUUAUGGAUGCAUCUGCAAUCUAGUUUUAUCAUCUAAUUCUCAUAUACUUUCCUUUGCCCCUCAGCUGGUUAGCAUAUUUGCUCAAGUUGCUAUAUCACCCGAUGAAUCUGAUGAAGUUAAGGUGCAUAUAGGACGGGCAUUCUCCCAUCUGAUAUCAAUUUAUGGCCAUCAAAUACAACCUGUCUUGGGCAAUCUAUCACCUGCUCAGGCUAAUGCUCUAGCAGCAAUUGCACCUAAGAGCUGAGAUAUGCUACCUGCCGGAGUUGUUUUUAGUUCAGAGCUUCUUUCUACACCAGUGAGCUUCCGUAGUUGAUGCCAUUAUCACAAUGGCGACGUAUUAUAUUUGAAAUCAAGGUAAAUCCAAACUAUUUUUUUGAUCUGUUGCUGCUGCUGCUUGUAUUUGGUAUUCCAGUUUCAGGAUUGUAUCAUUUCCUCAUUUUUUGGUUUGUCAAGGCGAGGCGUUUUCUACAAUUUUCUAGUUUGGGGAUUCUUUCAUCCCCCCAAUUUUGGUGUGUAUUCAGAUGUCUUUUUUUUCUUAGUCUCCUUAUUCUUCAAUUGUUUGCAAGGCCUGGUUGCUGUUUAUUAUUUUAAAAGUUAGCACAAAUAACUGGAAAUUGUUACAUUUUUAAUUGCUUGAGAUACAUUUGGUCUUGUUUCUAA